GCAACUGCCAUCUGAACGUCCACAUCCUCAUCACUAUAUUUAUUUAUUUACGUUUCCUAAUUAUACUGUACUAAGGUGUUUUUAAAACUAAGCAGUAACUGGAGUCGUAAUGAGUGAGUUACUUGAGUCGUCAUUCAGCAUCGAAGAUAUUAUUAAGACAUCAAAAAGCCCAGUCAGGCAAGCAGAACUAAAACCAGAGGAGCUUAUAACCCAACUCAGAAAGCUACAGCAAGUCAAGAAAAACCUUGAAGAAGAAGUGACUGAGGUAAUGCUCCUCAAAUGUGCUAGGAAGCAGGAGGAGGAUGCCUUAGCUGCAGAAGCCUUAAAGUUGGAGGGAACAUUAAAUGAGAAGGAAGAGUUAAAUAGAUCUCUGCAGCUCAAAUGUGAGGACCUCCAGCUUGAGGCACAAAGGCAGCUGGAGCAGAAUCAUCAGAAAGAGGAACUGGUCAAGCAGUACAGCUUUCAGAUCCAGGAGACCAAAUUAAAGCACAGAAAAAUUCGGAUGAAGUUUGAGAAUCAGCUUCAGCAGUUGACGGAGCAGCAUAAAAACCUGUCUGCUGUCUUUGCUCCGCAAAGACUUCCAGCUGAAAUACAGUCUGCAGAGUACAGCACUAAGCAGCUGCUGAAGGCUGAGCAACAGAAGCUGGAGCAGUUGGCCAAGCUGCUGGACGAGUUAAACCACACCCAGAAUGCAGAGGUGCACAUGGACACCUCCGAAAAAGCACCAUGAACAUCGCACACUAACUGAAGAUGAGUUCCUAAUACAUGACUGAAAAAGAAUCUAAUUUUACAGCAGAUACUCUUGAGAAGUGGCUUUUCCAAUCUGUUCUUAUAUUUUAACAUGUUACAAACCACACUAUCGUUUUAUGUCAACAAAGACAACAUUAAAUUUUAUCCAUACCUAGAAUAUAAAAGUUUUGAAAGCAUUUAUUCAGAAUUUAUGACACAAUAAAAAAAGGUUUGUAAACAAGUCUAAAUUCCCCCAGAUUUGUAUUUAUACAUAAACGUACAGUAUCAAUGACUCUGUCAGAGUUUAAUUCCAUCAUACUUCUCGAUCAGAUAUACAACUUCCGGUUUCCAUGAAUCAGUCCUAUGACACAUCCAGCAGG